AUGUUCUCAAGAAUUUUAGAAUAUUUAUUAAGGAUUUCUUUAACAGAUAAUGUGAAAAAUGAAACAAAUCUUUUUUUUCCUGAAAAAAUAAUUUUAUGGAUCUAUUUUGGCUAACUUAAUGGAUUUUUAAUCAAUAGAGAAGAGAGAAAUUUCACAAUAUUUUAAGAGAAUUAAUAUUUAUAUGCGAUUUUUGAUUAUGCAAAUAUAGUUAGUCCUUUAAGUAAAUAUAUAAAUUUUGAGGUUAUGGCUUAUAUUAUUUUUCUACAACUACUAAUAUUUUAUUUGUGCAAUUUUAUUCUAAUGGUGAUGAAAUAAGUAAAUAUUUAUUAUAUAAUCAGUAAAUGUAGUUUGUUUAUAUUUAUUUUAUCUUAUUUAACUGGAUAAUAAUGUGCCCAUUUUAAACAAUAUUUGUAAUGGUUACUGCCAAAAUAGAACUUAAUAAUUAUGUUAUUUAUGAUUCAAGUUCAAAUAGACAGAUACUUUUGCUAAUUAUAUCUUUAUUAGGAACAAUAAUAAUUUUUAUCACAUCUACAAUAUCAAAUUUUAUUUUUUAAAAAAGAGAAAUUAAUUAGAAAAUACUUCUCAAAUAUGAUUUUAGUCUUUUUUACAUUAUAGGUCCUCUUAUUCAAUUAUAUAUUAUAUUCUCAUCUAUCAAUUAAAUUCAAUAAUUAUAAAUUGCUGCACAUAUAUUACACUUUGUAAUUAUGAUCCUGUUAUUGAUAAUAGCAAUUUAAUUUCCUUUUGGAUUAACUUCAACAUCACUCAUAUUUAAUUAAUUAACAGUCCUAAGUAUCUUUUUUAAUUUCCUUAUUUGUAUUUGGAAAUAUUCAAGCCAUAGUGACUAAUUCAUCUUUUUAUCCUUAUUAAUAAUUGGGAUGGUAUUUAUAUUCUAACUAUAUAGCUAUUAUGGUAUACAGUACAUUCGAUAUUCUAUAGAAGGUUAGAUAAAAUUGUAUGUAGAUUUUGUUCAAAAAAAGAAACUUUAUAUUUAGCCGAAGUCUUAGAAUAUUUCCUAUAAACUCAGUCAUAUACUCUUUAACAUUUAUUACAGUUAAAUAUCCAUAGAAUAAAUUGUUAAGAUUUGUUAUGUCCAUGUUAUGAUUGCCAAUUAUUAGCCAUCGAUAAUAUUUCUAUAGUUUAAUAAGUCUAGUAACAAAGGAAGAACAAAAAAUUUGCUAUUUAAAAAUGGAUUAUGCAUUAAUACAAAACCUAUGUAUAAAAGGCACAAUUAAAAUAAAAGUAAUAUGAUUUAAUAAUUUUUAAUUAUUUAUCAUUUCAAAAAAUUUUCUUAGAAAAUCAUGUUUUGACUUGUAAAACUAUAUUCUAAUGUAUUUAAAGAUUGGAAAAAGUCAAACAGCAUUAAUGCCAUGUGACGAAAAUUUUGUUAUAUUUGAUAUAAUAAAAUUGUAAAUUAAAAUUACUAGUAUAAACAUCGCAAUAGAAAAAGAUAACAUAAUAAGAAUUCAUAUUUAUAACAGAUAUUAAUAUUAUGUAUUAAUUAGCUGAUAAGAUUCUUUUAUAACUAUCUAAAGUAUUAUAAAUGUAAAUUUAGUUAUGGGAACAAUAUUCGAAAAAUGAAAUAAAAGAUUUUGAUUAACUAUUGUCAGUUAUUUUAAAUAUUAGAUAAUAAAAAUAGAAUAGUAAAGAUUUAUUUGAAGAAUAUUAAAACUUUAGAAAUUAAUAUAAAGAAACAAUUUAUUCUCUCAGGGUAAAAUUGCUAUUUUACUUAACAGUAUAAUAAGAUAUAAUAUUAAUUACUAAAAUUUAAUCUUAAUUGAUUUAAUUAGAGGAUUCUUAAAGAUUUGAUUUGAAUUUGAAUAAUUUUAAUAAUCUCUCUUUUUUAACAGGAUAAGCAUUGUCAAUAAUAUCAAAUAUUAGUCCUGAAAAUCAAGGAAAAUUGGAGUAAAAAAUAACCAAGGAAUUUAAAUAAUUUUUUGGUUAUAAAAAUGAGGAAAAAAAAUUGACCCAUAUCAAGUAAUUGAUGCCAUCAAAGAUUGCUGAUGUGCAUUCUGGAUUAGUAGAAAAUUUCUUUUUUAAAGGAAAAAGUGAUAGAAUUAAUAAUACAUCAAUGGCAUUUAUUUUAAAUUCAAAAAAUUUAAUUGAGUAAAUUAAGUUGUGUUUAAAUUAUUAUUUUCCAGUCGAUUUAAACGAUGCUUCCUUUUACAUGAUUGCUCAUAUUUAAAAAACAUCAAAAUAAGAAUAAAAUCUUUAUGACGAAAAUUUAACAGGGCAUCUUUUAAUAGACAAAGAUUUUAAUGUUUUUGGAAUGACUCAAAACAUAUAUGAAAAAUUAAAUUAUCGUUACUAUUUUAAAAAUGAUUCUAAUGCUCUUUUAAUUACUCCUUAAGAAUUUUAUGAUGAACACAAUAUAUUCUCACUGAUACCAUCCAUUUAAUUUAAAUUAUAAAAUUAUUAUGAAAGUUAACCAAAUCGAAAAUUGCGAGAUAAUGAAAUAAUCUUAAUCAAGGAGAGAGGUUUGCUAAAGUUAGAUUUUCAUAAGUAAGAAUAAGAAAAUUUAGCUUGGAAGUAAUUUAAUAAGCAAUUUUCCUUUACCAAACUCACAAAUCAACAAAUUUUAAGUUAAAUGCUAGAGAUUAGUGGUGAAUUAGCUAAUAUUUAGACUAAUGAAAAUGUUAAAUAUUUUCCUAUUGAAUAUACUGUAACAUAAAGAAUAUUAUAUGCUUAAAAUUCAAACAAUAAAAUAGAUCCUUUUUUUUAUUAUUUGAUUGAAAUUUAAAUGUUAGAAGAUUUCAAAAAAAAUUCAGACUUAAACAAAAACACUAAUAAAUUUUUGAGAAGUAAAAUGUAAAAUCCACCAUAAAAAAUAGAUACCUAAAGAUAAUCUAUUGUUUAAUUAUUUUAAUUUGAAGCCAUAAACUUUGUGACAAGUGAUCGCUUAAUUUCAUAAUAGGGAGAUAAAGAAGCAUUAGCAAAAGAAUUUAAUUAAGAUAAAUCAAAAUAACAAUAAAGGUUACUUUCCAAAGGACUUAUUAAUAUAUAAAAUGAUGUUCAAAGCCAAAAGUCUUCUAUUAUGAAUCUUCCAAAUAGAGUGAACAAAUUUUUUGAAUUUCUUUAAACAAAUAAAUAUCCUUCUAUUUUUUUGGGGAUGAUAGGGUUAAUUAUUAGUCAUUUUAUCAUAGUAAUAGUUUAUACUAGCUUUACUACAAUUUUAUUUUAUUAGAAAAAAGAGAUACAAUCUAAUUGUAUAAUUUAUACAUUUCAUGAUGUAGAUUAUUUUAAUGGUUUCAGUUUAAUUCUUUCGGGUUCAAGACAUACCAUAUUUAAUUCUAAUUAUUUAAGUUUGUUAGAGCCAUUAAUUUUUAAAGUAGAUAAAUAAAUAAUAAAAUUAACAAGUAAGGAUUGCAUAAAUGUAUCUUGGCAUUUAUUAUCUACUGGAUAGUAGGAUUUAGUUGGAAGAUAUGAAAAUUAUUCCUAAAUACUGUUAAAAUAUGAAUAAAAAUAAAUAACAUAUUAUUAUCCUGAUUAUUCGAAUACUAAGAUUUUAAAUUAGGUAUUGCUUGAUCAAGCAACUUAUUACACUAUGAUGUACCUUUAAUUUUACUACACUUAUCGAAGUAUUAUGUCAUUGAAUACUUAUAUGUCUGGUGGAAAUGACAACACGCUUUUGUAAUUAAAUUAUUUAAAUUUAGAGUCAGAAAUCGAUAUAUCCUCUAUUUUAAUUAUUAGGAUGCCAUAGAACUAACUUAAGAUUCAAUUUAAUCUUGUUAUGAUUAUAACAAUGACGCUAAUGAAUAUUUUGACUUAUUCACUAAAUCAUGGUUUAUAACAAUGUAUAUUGUAACCAUGUUUAUUUUUAUGUUUCACCUUAUAGCAGUUUAUAAAAUAAAAAAAGUAACUUAGAUUUAUUUAAAAUAAUUUAUUUAAAUAGAUUUUGAGGAAACUUAAAUUGUAACCAAAUAAUAUUAAAAUAUGUUAAAAAUCUUAAAUUAAGAGAAUAUAUUAUUUAAAUAUUAAGAUUUCUCUGUUAUAAAAUAAAUGCCAUCAAAUAUACUUCUAAUUUUAUAAAAAUAAGAAACCAAUUAAAAUUUAUAAGAAGAAAAUGAUGUUAAUAGCAGCAGUAGAAAAAAUCGAGUUACAUCAAUAAAUACAAAAAAAAUUAAUUUUGACACCCCAUCUAUUUCUGUCAGAAAAAUUAUUUUUCUUUAUGUAUUUUUGAUGCUGUUGAAAAUUUCAUUUUCAGCUAUAUUUUAAUUCUAUUAUGAUUAUUUAUCUUCAGGUAUUGCUCCAUCAGCUAAAAGAGAAUUAGAAUCAUAAAAAAUGAGGUUAGACUUUAUUAUGACAAUAAAUAUGUGGGAUACGUAUUUGUUAAAAUAAUUUUAUAAUGCUUCUCAAUAUUUAGAAAAUACUAAUUCUAAAUUUAGUUAUUCAAAUUAAAAUGUGAGAAAUAACUAAAAGUUACUCAAUUAAUUAAAAAUCGAUAAAGAUAUUUUAUUAGAAAAAAUCAAUAUAUUUUAAAGUCACGACUUAACCGAUUUUCUCUAUCAUCAUGCAGAUGAAUAAAACUAAAAUUUAUUAAUUUCUGAAUAAAAUAAAUAAAUCCUAUUAGGGUAGGAUGUUUGUAAAUUGACAAGUUGCAACAUGAUUAAUGAAUUGUUUAACAAUCGUCCUUAUGCUGAAUAUUUGAUUGAUUACUAUUAAGUUGGAUUAAUUUAAUUGUUUAAGAACGUUCUUCAAGUAAUUGUAGAAUACAACUUUUUGAUUACAGAUGAAUCUUUAACUCCAGAAUAAAAGGUUUAAGGAAUUGUUUAGAUGUAUCAAUCAUUUAAUUAUUUUUUAUACAUCUUUUAUGGAUUAGAUGCUAUAUAAUAUUAGAUAUCAUAAUUUUGUAAAUAUUUUUUGGAUUAAACAUUAUAUACAUUGGAACAUUCAACUUCAUCAAAUAUAGCUUAUGUUUCAACUUUUGGAAUAAUAUUAUUCAUAAUUACUGUGUUUAUUGAAUGUUACAUUUUCUUAAAUUUCUUCAACAAAUUUGAAUUGGCUAGAGAAACUUUAAGGUAGAUUCCACUCGAGAUGUUAUUUCAAAAAAAUAUACCAAAAAAAUUGAACAAUAUUAUGAUUAAAUAUAUUUGA